UCAGCGGGAGGUUUUUGCAGAGUUUCCACCUUUAUGAGUUGACACUUGCUUCAUGCAAGUUGCAGGUUAUAUUUGACGACCUCCUGUCAACUCAACCCCUAUCGUAGUGGUUGCAAAUGAUCCAGGAAGCAGAGCCGUUUGCUAAUUGCAAAGCGUGGAGGCUGUUGGAUGCCGAUGACUUCAUCUGCCUUUCGAGUGGGUGUGAGUUUAGAAUUCAGUUGUAGCUGAUUUGUUAUCAGCCACAGGCAACCUUGCGAUGGGAACGGAGUUUGAUCCUUUACUGACUGUGUGCCGGCGAUCUCUCUCUCUCUCUCUCUCGUUCUCACUCUCUCUGUGUGAGUUCAACGUUGUUUAAAAACGUUUUUUUUAAGUUUAUAAAUAUUCCCAGCGCUUGGGAGGAAGUUCGCAGCCAAGUGCACUUGGAAAGGAGGGGAGCGAGAGAGGAGGAAUUAGAUUCGCCCCAAGACUUCAAGUGAGAGUGCCGCAAGCGAUGGGGAACUGAAGAAGUGGUGGUGAUUGCCUCGGUGAAACAAUCUGCAAAUAUAUAUAUAUAUAUAGAGAGAGAGAGAGAGAGGACACAUGACGUGGAACAGCACGAUGAGCAGCGGCUACAGCAGUCUGGAAGAGGACUCGGGAGAAUUCUUUUUCACUGCAAGAACUUCCUUCUUCAAGAAGCCUCAAGCUAAGGCUAGACCCGAGCGGGAUGUCGGAAAGGAACACGUGCCGCAGAAACUACUCACUAAGGAAGAGCUCAAGCAGAAGGUCGAAGCCUACAACUCUUCCGUUACCAACCGGUUAAGAAUGAGCUGGAACACGAAUGACGUCUACACUGGUUUCAUCAAGGUUCAGAUGGACCUGCACAGACCCAUCACCAUACGGGCCAUGUCAGCUCCAGGCAGCCACGUGUAUAACAGCAUCAACGAGACAGCCUUCUACUUGCCAAAGGAUACCGUCAACACACUGCACAUCAGCAGCUGCAACACGGUCAAGGACGUGAUCCAGGCGCUGCUGCAGAAGUUCACGGUGGUGGAUAACCCCGCCAAGUUUGCACUCUUCCAGCAGUUCUACGUGGGGGAUCAGGUUCACUCGCACAAGCUGUCAGAUGGAGAGAACCCCCUUUACCUGCGCCUGCUUGCCGGACCCGGCUCGGAUGCCUUGAGCUUUGUACUGCGAGAGUACGAGACCGGGGAAGUCUUGUGGGAGGCCUUCAGCCUGCCGGAGCUGCAGAACUUCCUGCGGAUACUGAGCAAGGAGGAAGAGGAUCAGUUCAAGCUGCUGGAGAAACGCUACAUGACCUACAGGGCCAAGCUGGAGGCCGCCUUGAGAUCCACGGGAAAACCGGAUUAACCCCAGAGUAACGGCAAGCGGUGCCUGGUCCCAGUGUUGGGAAGCUGUGGACAGAGGGAUGCGUGCACGUGUAGUCAGCAGGGAGUUAACCUUCAAACCUGAAGACUUCUGUUUCAGCGGGAGGACUUAGUUGGUUGAACCAACCGUGGAACAUUGGACCCAAUGGACUAGAGCCAGACUAUCUCACACCUUGUGCGGCCACCAAGUUUGCUGGGCAAUUCGUGAAGGGUGUUCGGCAGCCAGCAAACGUUGGACGUGCUUCAACGCCAGUGAGAUCUCCUUGCGUUGACCUCGUGCGCAAAGUAUUUAUGGCGGUGGUUCUAACACGCCAGCAUUCACACAGCCUGAUGCCUUAGCAAAGCCCCUGACCUCCAUGGCCUCCAUGUUCUGCUUGUGUAGAGGGACCAUAAUGACUGCAUUCAACAUGAUAACCCUGCAACUUGAGAACUCACGGGGAGCCAUCUUUAACGGUUCCUGCACAACCCGCAAAUUUACAGUGCCGAAUGUUUAACGAUUGAAUGCUCAAUAUUAUAUUUUAAGGACACUAAAAUCGAGACGUACAGCAUUGAAACAGGCCCAUUUUAAGGACAGUAAACCAGACACAAACAGGCCCAUUUUAAGGAAGUAGAGACAUACGGUGUCGGAUCAGGCCCAUUUUAAGGAUAGGAAGCUACACGUGAAAAUUAUGACAAAGGAGGCAAAGAGGUUGAGACGGGUUGAAACACCCAAGAUGACCACCUAGUUUGGGCAACACAGCGGUGCAGCGGUAGAGUUGCUGCCUUACAGCGCCGGAGACCCGGGUUCGAUCCUGACUACAGGUGCUGUCUGGGGAGUUUCCUCCUACACUCCAAAUACAUACAGGUCUGUAGGCUAAUUGGCUUCGGUAAAAAUUGUAAAUUGUUCCUAGUGUGUAGGAUAGUGCGAGUGUACGGGGUGAUUGCUGGUCGGCACAGACUCGGUGGGCCGAAGGGCCUGUUUCCGAGCUGUAUCUCUAAAGUUUAUUAUCUAAAGUUUAAAAUCAGUGAGGUAGGAGGUGGGAGAUGGGUUUGGGGAAGUGUUGAAGAAUGGUGUUGAGAUGAAGUGUAAAGACAGCGUGCAGGAGAGAUGUUGAGAUGUAGAGGAAACUGGGGGCGUGGUGGCGCAGCGGUAGAGUUGCUGCCUUAGAGUGCCAGAGUCCCAGGUUCGAUCCUAACAACGGGUGCUGUCUGUACGGAGUUUGUACGUUCUCCUUCUCCAUGGAUUUUCUCCGGGUGCUUCAGUUUCCUCCUACACUUCAAAGACGUACAGGUUAAUUGGCUCCAGUAAAUUGUCCUUAGUGUGUAGGAUAGAACUAGUAUACGGGGUGACCGAUGGUCAGCAUGGACUUGGUAGGCCGAAGGGCCUGUUUCCAUGCUGCAUCUCUAAACGUCACCUAUUCUUGUUCUCUAGAGAUGCUCUGUAAAAGUUGUAAAUUAUAAUUUGUCCCUAGUGUGUCAUAGUGGUAUUAGUGUACGGGGCAAUCACUGGUUGGCACGGACUGGGUGGGCCAAAUUACCUGGUUCCACCCUGUACCUCGGAAGUGUCAAUUUAAAGAUCAGUGAUGUAGAAGGCAAGAGAUGGGUUUGGGGAAGUGGUGACGAGGAGUGUUGGGAUGAAGUGGAAAGACAGCGUGCAGGAGAUAUGUUGAGAUGUAGAUUUGGAUUUAUUAUGUAGGCAGGUUGGAGACCAGGAUGAGAAGAAGAUUAGAGGAGCUCUAUUUAUGUGUGGGAACAGGUUAGAAAAACAAACCAGACUUUUUAAGUGAAGCAGUAAUUGCCUUGGGCACCACGUGCUCCCAUCUUCAGACAGUGUUGAAUGGUGACGAUAGCAGGAACCUGGCCGCUAGUGAGCAUCUGCUCCAGGAGAUCUCUUGGCCGUUGGUAUUUUUCACCCUUGUGCUCAGUGUUUUUCACCCUUGGGCUCGGUGUAGACAGGUACAGCACCCCCGGGUGUGUGUGCACUGGUCAAAGCCGUACCGAGUUGGCGGGGCUGCGUGAAUAUCCGGCGCGGCAGAGGUGUUCACCGGUAGAACGGCAGAAGGACGCGCCUGAGGUAAAGGUCACUCUUCCUCUUGGAGUUUUCUCACCCCAAAGCUGAGAGCGAAUUAGCACGGGUCACUGAAAAACUGAUCAGAGACAUACUGGCCCAAGCCGGAGAUGCAGCGGUUAGUACUGCUGCCCCAGGCCUGGGUUCAAUGCUAACCGUGUGGAGUUUGCACGGUUCGCCUCGUGACGGAGCGGGUUUCCUUUGGGGUUGCCCGGUUUCCUCCCCCAUCUCAUGCCCGUGCCAGUUAUUGGCUCUGAAUCACCCCCUGUGGGGCCAAUUUACAGAGCGCCAAUUAAUCGACAAACCCCACACUUCUUUGGGAUGUGGGUGGAAACCAGAGCACCCGGAGGAAACCCACAUGGUCCCAAGGAGAACGUGCAAACUCUAAAAACAGAAAGCAGGGGGUCAGGAUCGAACCGUGUCUCUGGCGCUGUGAGGCAGCAACUCGGCCAGCUGUGCCUGUGGGUGAGAAGCAAAAGGAAUGAAAGUGGAGAUCUGUAAAAAAUCUUAGUAUACAGAGGCACAAUUAUACUUGUGUGCAAGAAUUAUAGAUUACACUGAGACAGCACACAGGAGUCGCCACGAUUCCAGCGCCGUUUUGUGUGAUUCAAGUCUGACAUCGUUAACAAUAUGGAGUCUUAACUUUGCCGUAAAGGCCCGUUGUCCUGGCGACGACCCUGGGUCGGAGUUCUCCCCAUAACUAGAGUCCUCCAAUCCAGGCAAGACCCUGGUGAAUCUACUCUGCACUCUCUCCAGCCCAGCCUCCUUACCACGCGGUGACCAGGACUGCUGACAAUACUCCAGGUGCAGUCCAACCAGUGUUUUGUAAAGUUACAACAUAAAGUCCCAACUCUGAUAUGCUGUGCACUACAUAGACUUUGGGGUGGGAGCAAUAAUAUCUGCUCCUUCCCCUAACUGCUGCUGAAUUACUAUUUAAUGUGUGGCUACUGUAUGAAUUUUGUCCAAAGAUUAAUUGCUAUGAAAUUGCUGUGAAUUCAACAUUGGUUAUAAAUAGAUUGGUGGGGGAAGGGAGAAACUUUAAACCAUUGCAGUUAGGAUUCUGUCGAGGGAUUGGGGAGGGAGGGGGGGUGACAUUUGCAGAGAAGGGUGGACAGAUACCCCCUUGAAUGCCCCACAACCCCCCCCCCCAAACACUCUAAGGGCUCCAGUACCUUUGAUGUGGGAUCGGCACCAUGUCAAUGGAGGAUCCAUCUUUGUUGAGGAUUUUCCAAAUUUAGGGGCGGCACAGUGGCGCCCGGUAGAGUUGCUGCCCCAGAGACCCAGGUUCGAUCCUGACUACGGGUGCUGUCUGCACAGAGUUUGCACAUUCUCCCCGUGACCGCGUGGGUUUUCUCUGGGUAGUCUGGUUUCCUUCCACAUCCCAAAGACGUACACGUUUGUAGGUUAAUUGGCUUUGGCUUUUAAAAAAAUGUAAAUUGUCCCAAGCGUGAGGGAUAGUGCUAGUAUAUGGGAUGAUCGUCGGUUGGUGUGG